AUGAGAGUUUUAUAUAGUUUUGUAUUAUUAUUGACUCUUUCAGGAUUAACAAGGGCAGGUUAUUACUAUGGUGAUAAGGUGUCUCAGUCAAUAUUACAAAAAGAAAAAGAAAAAAAUCGUGUAACAUGGUGCACCACUUCAGUGUUGGAACAAGAAAAAUGUGAAAAGUUGACUAAAGCUGCUAUGCUUGAUAAAGGGCUUUUUGGAGAUGAUUAUAUUGAAGUUGCUUGUAAAAGAGCCUUUGAUGCAGAAGAUUGCAUGACUUGGGUGGAUCAGGGAGAAGCAUCUUUUUUGGCCUUAGAUGCCGGUGAAGUAUAUAUUGCAGGAAGAUAUCACUCACUUGUUCCUAUUGCUCAAGAGCUAUAUGGCAAUGGGGAGCCUUACCAGUAUUCAGUAGCAGUAGUAAAAAAGGGAGGUCUACCAUCUGUCCAACAAAGCACUGGCCUCCAUGGGAUGCGUGGUGCAAAGGCGUGUUUUCCUAGUGUUGGAGCUUUAGCUGGCUGGGUAAUGCCGGUUCAUAUUUUAAUGAAAGAAGGCGGGUUGAAAAUCACAGACUGCAAUAAUCAUGUAAAAUCGGCUGUGGAAUAUUUCGGAGAUUCCUGUGCACCAAACUCAUUGAAAGAUAUUUACAAUCCCAUAGGCGACAAUCCUGAUAAAUUAUGCAGGCUCUGCGCUGGUGGACCAGGCAUACGGUGUACAUUAGCAGACCCAUAUGCUGGGUAUGAAGGUGCACUCAAGUGUCUUGUAGCAAACGGCACCGGUGAUAUCGCCUUUGUAAGAGACACAACAAUACAGCAUGCAUUGUUGUCACACAAAAUAUUAGGUGGGGUAAGUGAAGACAGUUUUGAAUUAAUAUGUCGCGAUGGUUCACGCGCUCCUGUGACUGAAUGGGAGAAAUGCAAUUGGGGCCGAAUUCCGGCCGAUGCCAUCGUCACUAGUAGUGCUGCCACCCAAGACGAACGUAAACGUUACCAAAACCUUCUCCAGAAAAUGGUGCAAUUAUAUGGCGAACCUAACCCUUCUAACAAAAAUCCAAAUAAUACUUUCGGGCACCAAAAUCGCGAUCAGUAUGGCAAUGCGUUCUCAUCUACUGAACGCGAUACAUUCGACGCGUAUAGAAGAGACAGGUUCAAGUUCGACAAGCAAGAUGACUCUAAUAGAUUUAGCACUCUUGCACCAUUCCAGCGAAGACUUGACUACUCUGGGCAGCCUAUUGAGCUGCCUUUCCAGCUAUUUAGAUCUAACGAAACAACUGAUUUGUUGCUACAGGAUGCCACAAUAAACUUCCGCAUGCUAAAGGAAGAUGAACAAUCGGCGAAACACAUCCUCAACAAUAAGUAUGUUGGUGACCAAGCAGAGAAAGCUGUGCUAGGUGUCAGAGACUGUCCUAUAAAAAGAGCUAUAUUAUGUGUUACCAGUGACCCAGAGAUGGAUAAAUGUGUUAAAAUGAGAGUGGCGCUAAAGGCGGCGGUGCUGUCGCCGACGCUGUCGUGCUGGCGCGGGCACAGCGCGCGGCACUGCGCGCGCGCGCUGGCCGACGGCUCGGCCGACCUCGCGCUGCUGGACGCCGCCGACAUGCUGCACGCCGCGCACCACCACCGCCUCGUGCCCUUCAUGCAGGAGGUAUACACGAACGGUCAUAGCUGGUAUUAUGCUGUGGCAGUGGCAAAGGAACAAGACCCCGAUACUGAUUUAACAUAUCUUCGUGGCAAAAACACAUGCCAUACCGGUAUUGGUAUGGCCGCCGGUUGGAUCUAUCCAUUAGCGUAUCUGCUAUCUAAUGGAUGGAUAAGGCCGUACGGGUGCGAUGGCGCGCAGGCGGCGGCGCAGUACUUCAGCAAGGCGUGUGCGCCCGGCGCGCUCAGCACCGAGUACGUGGACGCGGACACCGUGCCGCACGACAACCUCUGCCACCUCUGCCACGGCGCCUCCUUCAGACGCUGCCGUCGCGACGCCGGUGAGGACUACUACGGGCACGUGGGCGCGCUGCGGUGCAUGGUGGAGGGCGGCGGCGACGUGGCGUUCGUGCGGCACAGCGCGCCCGCAGAGGUGUCCGGCGGGCGGCGCCGCGAGUGGUGGGCGCGCGACCUGCUGCCCGACGACUUGCAGCUGCUCUGUCCCGACGGUACACGCGCUAAAAUGCAUGAAUAUGAGCACUGUAACCUUGGCAAGGUUCCUGGAUCAGUUUUGAUGGGAAGAGCCAACCACACCGAGUUGGAUACAUUUUCCAACCUCAUGGUGUAUGCGCAGCAGCUUUACGGCGCAGCGACGUCAGAUGAUUUUAGUUUUAGUAUGUUCUACUCGCAACCCCCUUAUGCUGACCUUAUCUUCAGUGAUGCAGCGGUAAGGUUGAAACCUAUACCACAUAGCAAGAGAUCAGCGGAAAUUAUUGCAGGACCCGCUUUACUGCGAGCGGCCCGCAUUGUUUCAUGCGAUGCUCCCCAAGCAUCUUAUUAUGUAGCACCUGAUCCAGAUUUUUUGUCACAUUCCUAUAGGAUAUAUAUAAUGGGACAUGUUGUCGUGAUCGCAUUGUUCUUAGUAAUUUUAUUGAAAUAA